AUGCUUUCGAAAACUACUUACCAACAGAGUGCUCAAAAUGAUAUUUUCAUUAACAAAUUACCGGCUAACUCAAUUAACCAGACUAACCAAACUAACCCGACUAACCAAACUAACCCAACUAAUCCAAUGAAUCCCAUUAAUCCAACUAAAUUAAUGUCAUCUAUUUUACCUAAUUUGGAUACAGAUCCAUUUUCUAGCGCCUCGAACCUUAGACAUUUGAAAAGAUUCAGGAGUUUAGAUACAAUUAAUGAAUCAUCAGAUGUGCUACCACAUUUUAUUGGAUCAUCACCAACAACUGCUCUUGGAGAUCGCUUUAACAUUUAUGAUAACGAGUCUCAAUAUUCUCAAUCAUCAUCCGUCAAUAAGACUCUGUAUUCUUCAUUGUCAUCCUUCAAUGGCCCUAAUAAUUCUUUUGAAACGAGAGAAUCACGUACUGAUUGCGAUGGUGAUGGGGUGUUAAGUGUAUACGAACUUGAAUGGUUUUAUGAAGAACAAUUUAAUCGUAUGCAACUUUUUGAUCUUAAACGGUGUAAACAAAAUGCUCCCCAGUUCUUUGAUAUGUUUUUUAAUAUUUCUAAAUUUAUCGCUUACGAACAUUAUCAACAACAAUUAGAUGAAAUGAACGAAAUCGAUGCAUACGUUAACAUAGAAUAUAACAAAUUGUUACAUGCUGAACAAGAAAGACGUAGAUCACACGAAAGACUUGAAGCAUUGGGUGCAAUAAACAAAAAUAUAUCUCAUAAUAUUACUCUUGAUAGUUUUAAAAGUAAUGUUAUCGGUAAUGGAAUCUUUAACGAUUCAAAUAAACAAAUUAUUUGUGAAGAGGAUUAUGAUAGUGAUGACAAGAAUAGUGAAGAUGAGAUCGAAGAUUGCUAA